GUCCUCCCAAACGGAUCAUGUCACCGCUCCGCGGAGGUGGUCCGAUUUAGGGGGAUUUUGAUGCAAUGAUACCCAAGGCCACGACACGGGGGCGUUGACGUUCUCUCCCGUCUCCUAAACAAACGCUUUUGUUGGCCGGAGCAGCAGGCACCUGAGCGAAGGGCAUCGCGUAAUCGUUCGAUUGCGAGGCAACGUCUAAAUCACGCAGCGCGCAGCUCCACAGCGAUCAUAAUAGCGCAAGCUCGGUCGCGUCUGACGUAGAGGGGCUUCUUGGAAGAAAACAUAGCUGGACCACUCACAUGAUACUGACACUCUAUAUAGGAUUGGAUAUAGAACCAAUAGAAUGACUUCACUGGUAUUUUCUGCCCGUUUUCGACCGAUGGGACGCGAUGAGGACGGAAUAGUAACAGCGCGCUGGUGAGGAUGCGGAUCGCAGGAUUAGGCUGACACAAAAGAGCGUUCACACCGUGUUUAAUUGCGGAUUAAACGAGGGCAUCAGCCUUGCACAACAAGGAGACGGUUCUUUAUUAGCGAGGAGCCAGACGCACGACGGGGAAGGUUGACAGCAUCGCUCGGAUGGUGGUGCCGUGGACCGCGCGACUAUGUCACUACAGUGCUGGGUGAUUGUUCUGGUGGGGCUGAUGUCGUACUUCAACCCGGAGAGAGCUCUGGGAGCCCCGCAGAAGGAAGUCUCUCUGUCCCGGGACGGCUCUCUCUCUCCUCCCCCUUAUGUGAUUAUUCUCAUCUCCUGCUCUGGGCUGGUCUCUUUUGUUCUGUUGCUUCUCACCUGCCUUUGCUGUAAGAGAGGAGGCGUGGGAUUCAAUGAGUUUGAUAAUGCGGAAGGGGAAGAAUGCUCUGGGGCAUCCAGCCCUGUUCCUGAGGACAGUUUGUCCUCCUGUCCAUCACUACCAGAGGUCUACACGCUUCCACUGCGGGAUAAGAACUGCCCCACUCUACCGAACGGCACAGACAGCUCUCAAUGUUUCCGAAGGCACACUCUCAACUACUUGCAAGAGAUUGGAAAUGGCUGGUUUGGAAAGGUAAUCCUCGCUGAAGUGCUGUGUGACUGCAGUUCCUAUCAGGCUGUGGUGAAGGAGUUGAGGGUCAGUGCUAGUCCUCUGGAACAGCGGAAGUUCUUGGCAGAGUCUGAGCCAUACAGAAGUCUUCAGCAUCCAAAUAUUCUGCAGUGUUUGGGCCAAUGCAGUGAGAGUGUUCCUUUUCUCCUGGUCAUGGAGUUUUGCCAACUGGGUGACCUGAAGAGGUAUUUAAGAGCUCAGAGGAAGUCUGAUGGGAUGACCCCUGACCUGUUAAACAGAGACCUCUUGACCUUACAACGAAUGGCAUAUGAGAUCACCUCAGGUCUCUUGCAUCUCCAUGAGAACAAUUACAUUCACAGUGAUUUGGCACUGAGGAACUGCCUCCUCACUUCAGAUCUUACGGUUCGGAUCGGAGACUAUGGCCUCUCGCACAAUCAAUAUAAGGAGGAUUACUAUCUAACCCCAGACAAACUGUGGAUACCUCUCCGCUGGAUUGCCCCUGAACUUCUGGAGGAGUUUCGCGGGAAUCUGAUUGUCACUGAUCAAACCAAAACCAGCAAUGUGUGGUCUCUGGGUGUUGUGAUAUGGGAGCUGUUUGAAUUUGGGGCUCAGCCACACAGACACCUGAGCGAUGAAGAAGUUCUCACCUUUGUCAUCAGGGAGCGACAGAUCACUCUGGCUCAACCCCGCCUCAAACUUGCUCAUGCAGACUAUUGGUACGAGGUCAUGCAGUCUUGCUGGCUACCUCCAUCCCAGCGGCCAACGGUCAACAAAGUCUUCCUCCUUCUCUCCUCUCUCCUUGCCGCAGAGCAAGGAAGUCGGAAGAGUUCUAGAAGGGAUGAGGAUGAGGAGGAUUAUGAUGAAGACAGUGGAGAAGAAAGGAGAAGAGAGAGUGACGAGUCAUUCGAAAGGCGAUGGGAUGCCCUCCGACCCCCAGCUUUUCAGUCAGCUGCACACAAGCUUAUGAGGGAGAGAGAAUAUGGGAGGGAGGAUGGCUGCCUCAGAGAAAACGGAAACUCCUUUCCUCUUUUAGACCCCGUGGACAAUAUGAUCACUCCUACAUCUGAGCUAGAUGACAUCCUUACUGUAACAGAGACCAGCAAAGGGUUAAACUUUGAAUACUUCUGGGAAAAGGCCCAUGGCAGGAGAGGGUACAAGCCACUUCCUCCACCUCAACCAAUACCAACACCCAACUCUGGCCACAGGCAAACCUUGGACACACCCACCGUUGUCCCCGUGAUCAGUGCCCGCAGCCCUUCACUGGCCAGCGAAUAUUACAUUCGCCUAGAAGAGCAUACUCCCCAGGAUAAGUCCCCUAGUCUAGGAAAAGGGCGCUCGUUUAAAAAAAAUUCAGGGUGUCCUGGAGAUCUGGAGCUGGUUGAGCUUCAAACAGGGAGUACUGGAAAAGACAGGCCAUGCUUCAGUCAGCAAGAUGGCUUUGCGAGAGGCACCUCUCAGACUGUCAGAUCCAGUGAGGUAAAGGUUAUGGUUCCAAACACUGGCUUGGUUGAGUUCAGUAAGGAGAGCUGCAACCGAGUGACGGAUUACGCUGUUAUAGACAUCGGAGAAGCAAACCAAAAGUCACUUGGUCCUCAAGCGCCCAUCCUCCCGCCUAAACCUCGUUCAAUGUCCAUGUCUUCUGGCAGCCAUCUACACUCACGUCCCCUGCCUGCUCCUCCGCUAGGUUACGCAAGAACAUACGGGUUAGACAUCUACCCUGGAUCUUCGUUCCCAACGGGCAAAGUUGAGACCUCUGAUUCUUUACUAAUGAGUUCACUGUCCAAAGCCAAUUUUGACCAUUUGGGCUUAAAUCGCACUCAUCAGACACUUCCCCCAUCUCCAUCACUGUCUCCUUCCAUUCCACCAUCUUCUGGUAGCCACUCCAUGUUCCUCCCACCUCAGACCUGUCCUCCACCUCUCCCUCCUCACUAUAGACUCCAGAAGGGUCAAAAUUACUCUUCAGAUACAUAUUCUAGAUACAAUGCAAUGCACUUACAAAGAGACCCACUAAGCUGUGACCAUACUGAUGGGAGAAAUGCUGACAGGGGCAUGACACGGUCUCAGUCUUUGUAUAAUUCAAGAGAUGGUCCAAAGACGUACUCUGUGGACAAUGAUUCCUGCACCAGAAUGACUCGAUCCCAGUCCACAAUUCCAAAAAUUGAGAGAACGUCAUCCUCAAGUCCGGAAUUCUCAAGGGAUGAUGAUGAUGACGAUGAUGAUUCACCUUUCAUGUCACCACAGAGAUCCACAAGUGGAACAACUAUUCAGCACGCCAACCUGGCUGAUGAACCAGACCCAGCCACGUCGGAGCUUUUCUCAAGGGGAAUGAAGCGAACACAAUCCCGCCUUGCCACCAUCCUGCCGGCCAUAUGGAGAGAAGAUGCAGUCAUGCAACGUGAACGAGUUGCAGCCGCUAGGAAAUCUCCCAUACACUUGUUUCUGACUGAGAUAUCCAAUGACUCCGUGGACAUGAAAGAUGGAGAAAGCACAUGGGCACGAGAAAGCGAUGGAAGGAAAGACAAAGGAAUGCGGAGAUCCCAGUCUCUUCUCUCAGAACUUGACUCGUCCUCACAGGCUUGGGCCUCAGACAAAGAUUUCCUGCCUGGGUAUGAAGGCAGUGCCAAAAAGAGAGAUUUGUUCCUUACGGAGAUUGAGACAUCUGUGUCAGAUUGUGAGGAUGCAUAUGAUGGCGAAGGUGGCACCCCAGUUUCCAGAUUUGGAACUACUCCUCAUCCUUUUGCACAUCCCUCAGAUUUGCCAGCAUAUGCAGAAGCUGAAGAGGCUUUUUCAUCAGGGAUGAAGAAGUCUCAUUCCCUGCUCUCUGAAAUCUCCAAUGAAAGUGUUGAACCUGAGCUGAAGAAAGGGGAAAUGACAAGAGAGGAAUUCCUGAAGGAGAUUCAAUCUGCUGAAACAUUUCUAACUGAAAUCAUUACAAGGCAACGCAAAAUGGAGGAGAGUGUUUCACCUGCUCCUUUGUCUCCUGAGUAUGAGUCAAUAUGCAUUGACCCAGAAUCGUCUCAGACAAUACAGUUUGAAUCAGAAAGAGCAAGAGCAGGAAAGCAGCCAGGUGACACCAAAGAAGCAAUUUAUGCUCAAGUUACCAAGCGGGCAAAAAGAAGUGAAAUAAAAGUCGCUAUGCGCCCAGAAAUUCCAGUACUUCAGAUUGCAUCUGAGUUGCAAAAUCUUGAAUCAGCUCAGAAAUUAACUCCAGUCAGCCACUUUUCACCUGGAAUACAGCUAGAGAAGAAUUCCUUUAAUGAUUUUCUUCCCUCAGAAGUAAUGCCUAAAAAUGGGCCUCUGUUGGAGCAGAUAUCUCCCAUUAUAAAAGAGAAACAAAAUUCUCAAGAGUCUCAUAAUCAGCAUGAUUGUGUAAGUGAAGGUCCAGUAGAACCCAGCAAUAUGCACAGUGGUUCAGUGAAUUGUGACAAAAAUCUAAUCACUGAUGAUAUGCAAACUGGAAGUGUAAGUGAAAAUUAUUUGAAGGGCAUGUUUGUUAAGGCCAAAGAACUAAUGCAGGAAAACGAUCACAGUGUGUCAACUGGCAUCGAGGUGAGGACAUCAAAUGCAACAUUUAAAGAAAAUGUACACAAUGAGAAACUGCCAGAACAUCCAAACCAGAUGCCAAAUGAAUCGACUUUCUUUGAUCCUUCACAAAACAGUAAUUUAGUUUGUGGCACAAAGGAGAGGGAAUACAGUUCAGAUGUGAGUCAAGACUGCCCCACUGCCAACUUGCAAAUGGAGACAUCAUCUAAAUCCCUUGAACAAACCACUUUACCUGACAAGGACACUAGUUCAAGAACAGAGUGUCAUGAAAAAGACAUGGAAAUGGCAAAAGAGCAAAUACUUCCAAGUGACUCUUCACUCUCCUUGAAUGAAUCAAGUACAGAUGUGUUCCACUCGCCUAUGGUGCAUGAACCCAACUCUGACCAGUCACUUUCCACAAUGACCCCCUCAGAUUCUGUCUUGUCACCUUUGACCUCUAGUUCGCUGGAAUGCCUCACACCUGGAGACUCCUGGUUGGGUGGAGGAAGCAGUGGAUGGAGAGCCCUGGGAACGGAAACACCACACCGGGAUUCGGCCUACUUCUCCGACAGUGACUUGGAUGGUGGAGAGGGUUUAGGCAGAAGAGGCACCGAUGUACUUGGCCCUUCUCGUCCAGGUGGCGCUCGAACAGGAGAGCGAGGAAUAUUGAUGGGAAUUGAGGAAAAGAUUGAGGAUGAAGGACUACUGGAGAAUUUAGAAAAGCAAGUGGAGAUGAAACAAGACAUGCAGGAAUUGUGGGGUUCGAAUGAGAGAGCUGAUACAGAGAAGGGUCUCAUACAAGGUGCUGUCAUUUCAGGAGUUUCUCAGAGCGAAUGCAAUGCCGAAUUUAUUGCCAGGUUGUUCUCUAAUGGAGAGGAUGAGCCAAACAAGGGAGUUCCAUUUAGCAACAGCUCUUUUAACAUACAAAACUCCUCUCUAGUUAAAAAUAGUGAGCUGGUCAUGUCUCACACAUUUUCAAAAGAAAGAAUGUGUCAGGAUUCAGGUGCUACAGAUCUUAGACUGCUCACUGACAUAGUCUCAGAACCUCAGAAACCCAUUUCUGGACCAGUUUGUCAAGAAGAACUCAUUGAACAUUGUUCAUAUUUGCAAACAGCAAAGUAUAAAGAGGCACGCUGUACAUCACCUGAAUUCCCAACUGAUGACCAGUCAUCAGACAAAAGUAAAUCCAGGCUAUCACGGUUUUACAGCUUACAGUCUGAUUAUUCUAAAUGCAUCAUCAGCCCUGAGCUAAACCCAAAGCUCAGCAAUGAUGACACCAAAUGCGGCCUGACCCAGUUCAUCUGGUCUGAGACGAAAGCUGAACAACCUACAGAAGGGGAAAAGAGUAAGCUUGAUAUCCAAGACACAGAUGCAAAUGAACUAGGUUUGAGAAACCUUACAUAUUCAGAAGAGAGUGAGGAUGAACAGGCAAAGGAGAAGUCUGAAAGUCAGCUAACGGUUGGGGAACUCUGCUUCACAAUCAAGGAAUCCCCCCAAAAUGCUGCAGACGAGAAUGCCAGCAGUAUGGAGAUCUCAAAAGAUGAACGCUCUGAUGAAUAUGGCAGAGGUGCCUCAAUAGGUCUUGAACUGAAGGAGAAGGAGUUGUGGAGUGCCCUUGAGGAAGAUUACAGCACAGAGGAGACUAUGAGAGGAGAAUUUAACUGCCAAUCAUUUCAGCAAGGAGAACUUCACCUUUGGCCUGUAGAAAAUGACCAGUGGGCUGCAGCCGAAGCUCGGACACCAGAAGCAGGGCUUGGAUCAGAGCUCUUCCCAAGUUUUGGGAAAAAGGCCUGGGGAGAGGAGGAACACUUAGUGGUGAGUCAUGAAUUUUGGGAAUCUGAAGCAAACGAUGAGCUCGCAGAUAGUGAGUCUCAUCCCUCUACUCAGAGAAUAUGUGAAGAUGCAUUUAAUGAUGAGAAGCUAGGACAAGCUGAUUACCCACCAUCUGAGAGAUUGACCCUUUCUAUUGAAGCUCAGGAUGCACUUGUAGAAAGGCUCGACUUUCAGCAAGAGGAGAACAUGGAAAAUCCAGACAUGGAGAAUGGAGCACUAGAGCAUUAUACUAGCAAUAUAAAAAUGGAAGUUGAAAAUCUGGAGAACCCAGAGCUGGAGGCAUCUGUACAACACAGACCUGUUGAGGUGGUGAUUGAUACCCAGAAUCCUGAGACAUGUUUACAACAUUGUGUGGGAGGUGAAUUGUUUGGGGAUAAAGAUAAUAAAGAGUUUGACAGUCACGAAAACAUAGUGGGUGUAAGAGGUUGUGUGACUCACUCGCCCUCGUUUUCUAAUACAAAUGCUUCAACUGAUGAGUUGGAGCCUCUACAAUACCACAAAGAAUCUCUUUCUAGUCAUGAUGUUUCUAACAAUGUACAAAGGGACCAAACUGAAGCCACAUGGGCACCCAAGACUGAAGCAAGCAAAAUGUUGGUUGCAGCCCUUGAAGACCAUCAAACCUGCACAAUAGAUAUGUCAAAUGCAACCACUGACUUAGCUGACAGUUCUCACAUCAUUUCAGUGUAUCCAGAGUGUCUCAGUACAGAAACCGUUAGACAUAACGUUGACAGUAAUCACUGCUCUGCCACCAUCAGUGAUGUGUUUUUUGAAAAAGAAAGAUCAGAUUCUCCAUCUUGUCCAAGUCUUACCAUUAGCACCGAUCCAGAGCCAUGCAAGAUUCAUAGUAGCAACGUUCAGUGUUCAACCCCUGCACUGAUUUCAAUGGAGCUUUCUGAAUGUGCUGCUUCCCCACAUGUGGAGGGCCCAAGUAGUUUCCCGAAUACAGUACACCACAUAGAAAUCAAGACCAGUUCAAGUCUGUUCUGUGCUGCGGAUCAAACAUCCACUAAAGGACAUGAAGAGCCGCUUGACUGUUCUGAUGAUGUUAACUGUUUAGAUCAGUCUCUUGAAGAACUUGCCACCAGUACCACCACUCACAGCAAAGGCAUCACUGCAAACCUGGGACAAAAACUGCACACAUCUCUUGUGCAAGAAAACCACAUUCACCCAGAAUCAAAUGCUGUGGAUGACAGAAAUAGCCUGUCCCAGAAAGCGGCCCAUCCACCUCUCUCCCAGUGUUCUCUGAACUCCAUCCCUGAGUUGUUGAUCUCUGAGUGGAAGGACUUGGAUGAGGAGCCUCUGGAGGAUUUUGAAAAACUGGAGCAACUGUGCUGCAUUUCUGGGGAUGAAGAGACCCUUGGAGAUUUGUUUUUAGGAAACUUAGAUCUGCUUGAAUCUUUGAAGAGAAAUCCAGAGCAAAGAACGUGCGGUGCCGGUGGCAUAAUAAACCAGCAUGACUCAGCAGAUGCAGAGGGAAAGACGAGAGUAGAGCUCAAAGAGGAAGUUGACGGGAUAUCCAAAAGUACCACUGCUGUCUUGAAACAGUCAGAGCAGUAUGAAAACAUUUCUCCAAAUUUCCCAGGAGAAGCUCAGCAGUCGAGGGAGAAAAGAACGGGGAAGCACGUGCCAACGCCUCUCUCACCAUGCAAUUCUACAGAUGGUUCCAAAGGGCAGAGGUCACUCUCAAAAAUGCAGGCAAAAAAUGGACUGAUGAUGCAGGUUUGUGAGGAAAGGCUUCAGUACUCUCUCAGUGAAAAUGUUAAAACCAAUGUCCUGUGGGGGUCUACAGUUAGUGACAGCGUGAUUCUGCACCCUUGGGGAGCCUCUACCACUGCGUCCUCUGAAGAAAAUGUUGCAAGCAAGGAUUUCCAAGAAAAUGAGAGCAGCAAGGAGGAGACACCACCCUCCUCUCCCUCUGUGUCUCUGAGUGAAUCUGCUGAAGUGCAGACAGAAGGAUUGAUUGUGCUUGAACAGCCUGAGGUUACACCUUCACUGCCAGCUGCAAAUCAAGCUAUGAAAGCUAAGCUGGCCCGUCUCUCCUUAUCCCUCCCUCCGCUCGCUCUCUCUCUUCCUCUCUCGCCAAAUGCCAAAGGAGGAUUCUGGGAAGGGGGAGAGCACAGAGGGGGAAGGAGGAGGGUUGCUUCAACAGGUAGCGAUCCAGAUGAAGAUGAAGAAGAGGAACAGGAGGAUGAGUCUCCCAGGCGCGUCAUCGUUGUCACGGAGACAGAUGUUGACAAGAGAGUGGGUUUGCGUAGCUUGUUGAAAUCACCAAAGGAGCCCGUGGACAAAGAGAACCGUGACCGUGGGAGGAACGUGUCAUUUUUUGAUGAUGUCACCGUCUAUCUUUUCGAUCAGGAAACUCCGACCAAUGAACUGAGCUCUGGAUCCAAUAGUUCAUCUCCACAUGGAAAACCCCCUAACACUGAUGGUUUUAGAUCAGGCAGCCACAAGGCAUCGAAAAGUAAAGACCAUGCAGUGAAGCCAAGAUCUCCAACCGGAGUAACUUCCGGCUCAUCAUCAAGGUUUACAGUGAGCCCUGCUGAUGACCCACAUCUAGUGUGACACACUACUGUUCCCCAAACACCUGGACAAAAUGUACCCCCCCUGGAGUGAUUGAGUGGCCCCCAUUGUCAUCGGUAACUAUGACGACUCCUGGAGGUUAUUUUUAUAACUGCAAGAAAAAGAAGGACUCCCGUUUCAAAAGGCUGGAGGCAGUCCAGGUUUUACUCACUGCAGCAGCUGGAGUGGUAAAUCCACACAUAGAAAGUACCUUCCAAACAGUCCCAAAUCCUUGGAGUUAUGUAAAAUCUGACAUGUACUUUUCGGCUAUGCAAUGGGAGUCUUAUUAUGUACCAGCUUAACUGUUCUAUUUUCAUGGCUUCUUGAAGUACGUUUGUAUUUUAUUCCCCUUAAAUGAAGGGGGCGCACUUUCUCUGACCAGUACCUGUCUAUUUGUGAGCUUAGACAUAUUGACAUUGUAAAUUUGUUCUCAUUGCAGUCAGACAUUCUUGUAGUUUGUGGUUGAGGAGGGAACCGUCUCUUUCUAGAUCACAGCAGUGCAGUUCUCAUUUAGCAUUUGUACAAACUGAAAAUGAAAUCGCAACAGAAUACAAACUCAUUUUAAAACCAUUUAUUUUAAAUGUAUUCUUAGAAUGCACGAAAAAAUACAACUGCAACUAACUGUUAUGUUUUAUACUGUAUUUUUUAUUGCAAAUGUUAUUUAUUUCUGUAUCUAAUUUGUUUACUUAUUUAUUCUGCGUUAGUUUUUUAUUUAAAUAUGUUUGUCUGUUGGCCUAAUUCACUUUAUAAGUUUAGGUAUACUGUAUAUUUACUUUGUAUCAAAUUAUUUUGGAUUUACGGCGUUUGCCGUUUCAUCCUAUCGAUAACCGCCUCAACAAGCAUAUAUCUUUGCAUAGGUACAAACACUUUGAAAUGUUUUCUCUAAUUUAGCUAUUUCUAGAUGUCAGUCUGUAUCUAGUUGUCCUAUGAUGUGUCUCUACGCAGGUGUUAUUUUCUAAUAAUGUAUUUGACAUUAGCUUUUCCUUUAUUUAUUUUGAAGCAGUAAUUAUUGCUUGGCAUGAAAAAAAAGAGAAAUCAGCAUACAUAAUUAUUAAUUGACUUAUUCAUUCAUUUUUAGUUUUCAAUCUUAUCGUUCAUGCAAAUGUCUGAGGUAAUCCAGAUCAUUACAUCACGUUCAGCAUCUGUUUCAUUUAGAGGUUUCAUAAUAUGCUGAGAAGCUGAGGGAGUGAAAAUAACAUGGAAACUGUGAAACAUUUAUUGAACUGUUUGAUGACAAUAAAUUGUUCUGUCUUAUAAUA